CGUUUGCGAGCACACAGUUGGCUUGGAGCUUUAACUUGGAGAAGUACUCAAUAAUUUUGCUGUGAGUAUCGAGCAAAACACGGACAACACGUGAGACCACGCAAAUUGUAAAUUGAAGCUAAUUUAGCGACGACUGAAAACAGAAUCCACACAACAAUGUCAGCCACAGCGAAAACCACACAACCAAUAAAACCAACGUUGACAUCAACGCCAUCUACAGUUGAGGGCUACAAGCUGGGCAAUGUGCUGAUCGAGGGCAAAACGAAACAAGUCUACGAUCUACCCGAACAUCCUGGCCUCUGUCUGCUGCUCAGCAAGGAUCGCAUCACAGCUGGCGAUGGUGUGAAGGCUCACGAUUUGGCCGGCAAGGCCGAGAUCUCGAAUACAACCAAUUACCAGGUAUUUCGGUUGCUCAACGAGGCGGGCGUACGCACCGCCUAUGUGAAAUCUUGCGGUUCGAAGUCUUUCAUUGCCCGCAAAUGCACAAUGAUACCAAUUGAAUGGGUUACACGUCGCCUGGCAACCGGCUCCUUCCUCAAGCGCAAUGUGGGCGUGCCCGAGGGUUACAGAUUCUCGCCACCGAAGCAGGAGACGUUCUUCAAGGACGACGCCAAUCACGAUCCUCAGUGGAGCGACGAGCAAAUCAUUUCGGCCAAGUUCGAACUCAACGGCCUCGUAAUUGGUCAGGAUGAGGUGGACAUCAUGAGACGGACAACGUUGUUGGUAUUCGAGAUAUUGGAACGCGCCUGGCAGACAAAGAACUGUGCACUGAUCGACAUGAAGGUGGAGUUCGGUGUGGAUGCCGAUGGCAACAUUCUGUUGGCCGACAUCAUUGAUUCCGAUUCGUGGCGUCUGUGGCCCGCUGGUGACAAACGUUUGAUGGUCGAUAAGCAGGUGUAUCGCAAUCUGACAACGGUGACCAGCACCGAUCUCGAUGCGGUCAAGCGCAAUUUCAUCUGGGUGGCCGAACAGUUGGCCGACAUUAUGCCGCGAAAGGAUCAUUUGGUUGUUGUCCUCAUGGGCAGUGCAUCGGAUACAUCGCACAGCGAGAAGAUCGCAACGAGUUGCCGAUCGUUGGGACUCAAUGUCGAGUUGCGUGUGACGUCGGCACACAAGGGACCCGAGGAGACGUUGCGCAUUGUCCGCGAAUAUGAAUCGGUGUUGAGCAAUCUGAUCUUUAUCGCUGUCGCUGGACGCUCCAAUGGCCUCGGGCCCGUUGUCUCGGGCAACACCAACUAUCCGGUGAUCAAUUGUCCGCCCGUGAAGUCCGAUAACAUGCAAGUGGAUGCGUGGUCCAGCUUGAAUCUGCCUUCGGGAUUGGGCUGUGCCACUGUCCUCUAUCCGGAGGGCGCAGCGCUCCAUGCCGCCACCAUUCUGGGUCUCAGCAACUUUAUGGUCUGGUCGAAGUUGCGCGUCAAGCAGCUCAACAACUUUGUCACCCUCAAGAAGGCCGACAAAGAGUUGCGCGGCGUUCGCACUGCCUAAGAACAUAUUUGCCAUCACACCCACACACACCCACACACCUUUUUUUUAUUUUAUUAUUAUUUUUUUUACUAAUUUUAUAAUCUUUAUUAUUGCUGAAGCAGGACACUAAUACAGUUUU